AUGACCUCUAUUUUGGAUGAGAUUUCUAAAAAAUUGAAUUGCCCAAUUUAUUUGGUGAGAUACAGAUUAAUGUAUCAGGAAAAUGCCGAUUUGAUCGCAAAAUUUAUAAAUGAGAAAGGAAAGUUAGAGACAAAUUAUUCUGAUAGGAGAGGAUUAUAUAGCAGAGUUAGAUGUGACGGAAUUACAACUUCAGGAGCACAUUUUGUCAAAGCCUUCGGUGACUUAGCUUACCCAUUCAACAUAUCGGUUGCGGCAUAUUUCUUUGCUCACCACAAGAUAAAACUCCAAUAUCCGUUUCAUCAAUGUGUUAUAGAAAGAACAUGCACAAAGAAUGGAAUAUGUGAGAGAUACUACCCUCUAGAACUUUUAUGCUUUUCCCCCACCUCACCUGCGUCACCUAUAAGUUGUUCAGAAUUUGGGGCUCGACGUACACAAGCAACUUCGUCAUCAUCAACACUUACUCUCAACAGUAUUCCGUUAUCCCUUGGAAGUUUUCCACCUACACCUAUUAAGAAAAAAUCUAGACCAGGAAUAUUGUGGAUUGAAAUAGAAGGUAAACCGAGCCAAUGGGAAAAACGCAAUGUUUUGAUAUUUUGUGAUUAA